UCCCUCGGGCGCUUGUCCCGUCCGGGUCGCCGUCGGUGGCGGCGUGGGGGCUGCCGCGGCUCGGGGCUCGUGUUCCGCCUCGCCGCCCGCCCCCCGCCCCAGCUCCGCCUCCCUCCGCCCGCGCCGGGACCCCGCCGCCGCCGCCUGCUCCUCACCCCCCGCCGGCGGGGCGCUCCGCCAUGGCAAUGACAGGCCCAACACCCUGCUCAUCCAUGAGUAAUCACACCAAGGAGCGAGUUACAAUGACAAAGGUGACAUUAGAAAACUUCUAUAGCAAUCUCAUUGCACAGCAUGAAGAACGGGAGAUGAGACAAAAGAAGCUAGAACAAAUGAUGGAAGAAGAAGGCUUAAAAGAUGAAGAGAAGAGAAUUAGGAGGUCAGCACAUGCACAGAAGGAAACAGAAUUUCUUCGCCUAAAGAGAACAAGGCUGGGUUUGGAAGACUUUGAGUCUUUAAAAGUAAUCGGCAGAGGAGCAUUUGGAGAGGUGCGACUUGUCCAGAAGAAAGAUACAGGACAUGUUUAUGCAAUGAAAAUAUUACGCAAAGCUGAUAUGCUUGAAAAAGAGCAGGUUGGCCAUAUUCGUGCAGAGCGGGACAUUCUAGUGGAAGCAGACAGUUUGUGGGUUGUGAAAAUGUUUUAUAGUUUCCAGGACAAGCUAAACCUCUACCUUAUCAUGGAGUUCCUGCCUGGAGGUGAUAUGAUGACAUUGUUGAUGAAAAAAGAUACCCUAACAGAAGAAGAGACACAGUUCUAUAUAGCUGAGACUGUGCUAGCCAUUGAUUCCAUUCAUCAGCUGGGUUUUAUCCAUCGCGACAUCAAACCAGACAACCUUCUUCUGGAUAGCAAGGGCCACGUGAAACUAUCAGAUUUCGGUCUGUGCACAGGACUAAAGAAAGCUCACAGAACAGAGUUUUAUAGAAACUUGAACCACAGUCUUCCCAGUGACUUCACUUUCCAGAACAUGAAUUCCAAGAGGAAAGCAGAAACUUGGAAGAGAAAUAGACGUCAGUUGGCUUUUUCUACUGUGGGAACCCCGGAUUACAUUGCUCCUGAAGUUUUCAUGCAGACUGGAUACAACAAGCUUUGUGACUGGUGGUCACUUGGGGUCAUCAUGUAUGAGAUGUUAAUUGGUUAUCCUCCUUUCUGUUCUGAGACUCCUCAAGAAACUUAUAAGAAAGUAAUGAAUUGGAAAGAGACUCUCACGUUUCCUCCAGAAGUUCCGAUAUCUGAUAAAGCAAAGGAUCUUAUUUUAAGAUUUUGCUGUGAAUGGGAGCACAGAAUUGGUGCAUCUGGUGUGGAGGAAAUAAAGAGUAACCUGUUCUUUGAAGGAGUUGACUGGGAGCAUAUCAGAGAGAGACCUGCUGCAAUUUCGAUAGAAAUUAAAAGCAUUGAUGACACCUCAAACUUUGAUGAAUUCCCAGAAUCUGAUAUCCUUAAACCAACAGUCACCACAAGUAACCACCCAGAGACUGACUAUAAGAACAAAGACUGGGUUUUUAUCAAUUACACCUACAAGCGUUUUGAGGGUCUGACAGCCCGAGGAGCAAUACCAUCCUAUAUGAAAGCAGGAAAGUAGUAAGUCUUCACCUGGGACGACUUCUGAGCCUUGAGAUUUCAUUUGUCUACUUUGGGUUUCUACCCAUAGAACAACUUUUCUUUUUUAAAGAAAACAUGAGGGCUAUGGACUCUUGGAGAAGAUUUCAGGAGGAUUUGUUACGCACCCUGAUUAUUACCAAGGACUUGUUCUUUCUGCGCCAUUGAAAACUUCCACAAAAAGUUUGUCAUCUGUGCUGCAAGCACGUUUUGCUGCCUCAGGAGCAAUAGAUUUUCUUUUUAAAUUCUUUGCCAGAUUGUACAGUCCAUCAGGAGAUGGGAGCAAACCUUUACUUUGAUGUUGCAAAGUAUGUGAUAUUUGCACGGACUGGUUUGCAAGUCCUGCAUUAAGUGACAUACUCAGUCUGCCAACUCUGCCAGCACUGUUUUCCCAGUGACAAAGGACUUCAGUACAGGGGAAAUGAAGCAAUAAUUAAAGCUUGAGGUAGACAACUCUCCAGUAAACUAUCUAGCAGAAGGACACAACUUAUAUUGCCUUAACUUUAGUUUGUAGUGCUGUUUUUUAUAAUGCUACUUGGAAGCCUCUUUUUAAUAGCAUUUCUUUACUCUAUUGCAAUGGCCUCAAGUCGCAGUGCACUUUACUUUUGGUACUAAGACAGCAACCCUCAAGUCAUUUAAUAUUUUUCUAAAUUAAAAAAUUGUGUAACUUUUUAUUUUUCCUCCUCCUAAACAGUGGUAAGAGACAGGUCUCUUGCCACAAAGCGUAACAGGUUUUGGUUACUGCAUGGAGAGAGACACACACAAAAAAAAUGCAGAUAAUAAAAACUGCAGCUGGUAACACAGGCAGAUCUGGAAUUAGGGCAGAGAGAGGGUGGGAAAUUAAUUUAACCUGAUCAUUGGUGGGCAUAUUGUGUGCAGUUGGGUCAGCCAUGAGGCUUCCUGCUCCUGCUGCUGCCAUCUUUUGGCCACUCUUAGCAUUCGCUGCCUUUUCAUCCGUUUCAAAGGUGAAACCAACUUGUGGCAUUCUUGUGCUUGGUUUCCACCAGAGCAGUAUCACAUUAUUCCUUAAAAGCCCUGGUGAUGGGGCAUCUCUGGCUUUUCCUUCCCAAGUUCCUCUUGCUGUCAUGGCUGAACCGUCUGUCCCUGGAGCGUUCCAAAGAGACAGUGCCUCCUGGGGCCACUUUUGGCACAUGGGACCCACCACAUUCCUCUUUGAUUAUUGCCUAAUGUAAUUUAUAAAAGCACAUGCUGUUAUGAUCAGGAUGCUCUCCAGCAGCACCCCAAAGUGCCUUUCUUUGCCUAAACUUUUCUCAGAAUAUGAUUGCAUUUUGGGAGGGAGGAUUCUUCCUCAGUUAAGCUUUUGGUAAUUCCCUUCUAUAAGCCCGAGCUCUGCUUUCAACCUGUUUUGUAGUUAGCUUUGCACUCCAGUGGCAGGAGACAUUAACCUUUGGACCUAACUGGUGCCAGUCUUUAAUUUGCAUUUUUUUUUUCUAAUUUAAUGAGGUUUCUAAAAGCAUGUAUCAAUUUGAACUGUUUCAGGUUCUUGUGAACUCUUAUUGGUGCUGAACACUAAGUAUGUAACACAGACAAAAAAAAAAAAAAAAAAAAAAAAAAAAAAAGCUGUUUAAAAAAAGCCCUCCCAAAACUAAAGCAGUGUUUCAAAGUGACAGGGUGGCUUUUAGUUACAUUUAGUCCUAUUUUUCUAAGUUAGUAAGAAAAUGGGAUUGUAGUGAAACUUUUUAAUAGGUGCUUUUAGGACAUUUCUACCUAGAUGUCUUUUGAAUUGAGUGCCAUCAUGAAGGAUAGAUGGGGAACAGGUAGGGGGUUGAGUUAAAGUAUUGUAUAUAGCUAAGGCUGUGUGGUAACUUGUUAGCCCCCUCUCCCUGAACACCCUUUGUGCUUUUUUUUCUUUUAUGUGUUGUAGGAGUUAAAUGAAAUGCCAUAAGCAGUUUAGAUAUUAGCUGGAUCUGCAAAAAUAGCCUUAAUAUAAGUAAGUACCAGGCUCACUGUAGUCAGUUGGAGCUACCCUUAAGAAUAAGGGCUAACUGAAGUAAUGAUUUAUAGGAUCAGGCUUUUCAUCGACUAGUCAAUAAUACCAUCUUCUACCCUCUCCUCCCCUUCUUAUUUAUUUUUAAAAAAAUCUAGAACUGAUACCUGCUUCUCAAACCGGUCUAUCUCCUUAUCCUGCAGUUUCUUUCAACCAUUUGAAAAUGUUGCCUUAGAAAACCAUUGGAAAAUUAAGAGCUGUUAAUAUCUAAACAAUUCUUUCAACUCCUAACAACUUAGGGCCUUACAGUUAAAAAAGCAAAACCCUUCAAAGCUGCUGUGGAUGAGGAGUAAAUGAUUUUGAGAUGGUAGUUGCAUUAUUAGCCCUUUACUAAAGGGAGUGGUGGUUUUAUUUAUAGAUACCAAAGAUUAGAGAAGCUAUACAAUUAUGAAUUGUAAUAACUUGCUGUGGAAAAAAUAUAGUAAUAUGUAUUAUGCAUUUUUUACUGCAUGUUUUUUAAACUGUCUUCUGAAAUUUCAGCUUGUUCACUCCCCCACCCCAUUAUCACCUUUUGAGUUAAAGGCAAAGUUUUUUCAAAGGCACAAAAACAACACCUGGGUACCUCGCCUCUGUCUUUCAGUACAAGGUAGAUAUCUUUGAGUAUGCUCCUCUGGGAAGGAGUCUUGGACAUCUUUUCUGUGGGUAGGUUUUCUCUAGCAAUUGUAUCAUAAGCCUGUUUCCUUUUCCUAGUGUUGGUAAACAUCUGUAAUGAGUACAGUGUCUUGUUUCUAGGAUCCAUACUUCACUGCUAACAGCAUAGUACUUUUGUAUGCCUGUUCCAUUCCCCUCUAUACAUUAGCCAAACAUUUUUAUUAUCUGCUGGUUUAUGUGUAUAUUUUUCAUUAGCUGCUAAAUCAAGUAUCUUUUAGCUCUUCUUUUAAGAUGCAAGCAGUUGUUUUCUUGCAUUUUUUUUCCAACUGGAAUUUCCAGGAAUAAUUCCAAGCUAAAUUUCCAGUGGAGCUGAAUGUGAGUUAUGCUGCCAGUUCAUCUCUGUAUCAUGCCUAGCACCAAACUGCACUUACAAGUGUUUCUUAUCACUGUGCCCUGACUCUGCCUUAAUGUGUAAAAUGAAAGUGUUCUGUAAAUACUUAAAAGCUGUUACUAAAUUGCACUGUAAAACUUGGCAGAUGUCUUGUGUGAUGCUGGGGGAGACAACUUUUUAUGGAACGAUUUCUGCAUUGUGUUGCGUAAAUAAAACUCUUAAAACAG